CCAGGCCUGCGCGUGAGCGAGCACGCGCUCCGACAGGACAGGACAGGACAGGACUGGACUAAAGAGAGUGAGCAGCGGCAGCAGAAAGAAACCAGCCAUGUAAUCAACAAAGAGAAUUUAACUUGCGCAAGAAAGAAAUACUGCAGUUUUUAUACCCGGCGGGCUAAUAAGGACAGAUUGGUUGUACCGAAGAAUCUCAACGUAACAGCGUGACACUGCCGGAAAGUACAUAGCUAACGUUAGCUACGCUUGGAACUCACCAAGGAAAAAAAACAGGAGCGCAUACUGACAAUAAACACACUCCCCGUCUAGUGGGUUGCUAGAGAGAAACUGACAAAAAUAAGGAAAUACAACCGUUAUCAAUCUCCUAUUGUGGUAUUUCAGAUAAACUAGCCACUUUGCAUAUGUUUUCUUAGAACUCAGGAGGGACAAUGAAAACUUGAAACUCUUUCGACGUUGCUUACUGCUAGCUAGCUAAAGAGCUAGCGAGCGUAGCUUUUUCGUAGUUUUGAAUACUGCGAGGAGUAGCUAGCUAGCCGUGUUGUUUUCCAAGUUUUUGCUGUUCUUUGUUUUUCUCCAAGAGGGUGUCUAAAACUGGAGGGGAAGGGAGGGUUCCCUUCUUAAUUUCCCCCUUUUACGUUUUUAAGCAAAAUGAUGGCCGCGGACGACGGCAGUGAGGAGACGGGUUCGGUUUCGGCGGGGACAGGACUUGAAGGCGGAGGAGGCCCCGAGACGGCCCAUUUUCCGUUCUCUACCAAGCCGAGGUUGCGGGUCAUUGAUUCCGGCCAGGGGGCAGCUCAAAACCUCCGCCACUCACCGGACACGUCCCCGGACACACUCUCAGAUAUACUAUUGUCUUCGGUGACUGGAGGGGAUCUACCGGGAUCAGCUCUGUCCGCAGCUGGGAGUGGCAGUAGUGGUGGGCACGCUGCGUUUGGGACAAGCUCUGGAACUGGGAGUGGAGCGUCCCUCUCCCCUUCGGAGGGAUUGGCCAGUCGGAUGUCGCCCACCUCCGGGAGUCCGGACGGGACUAGUGGCUUCCCCCCAUUGCCACUGCCUCCACUGCCCCCUAUUUGCGGGACCCUUGGCACGGUGGACGAAAGCGAUGCGUUGGAUGGACAGGAAUACGAAGAAGAGGAGGUGGCUUUUCCACUUACCGCACCGCCCACGAAUCAGUGGUAUCACGGCAAGCUGGACCGCACCAUCGCCGAGGAGCGUCUGCGGCAGGCCAGGACGCCGGGCAGCUACCUCAUCAGGGAGAGCGACCGGAGGCCCGGCUCCUUCGUGCUGUCCUUCCUCAGCAUGACCAGCAUGGUCAACCACUUCAGGAUAAUUGCGAUGUGCGGGGACUAUUACAUCGGCGGACGGCGCUUCUCGUCCCUGUCGGACCUGAUCGGUUACUACAGCUACGUGUCCUGUCUGCUGAAGGGGGAGAAGCUGCUGUCGCCCGUGGCUCCUCCAGAGCCCGUAGAGGACCGGAGGAGGGUCCGGGCCAUUCUCCCGUACACCAAAGUGCCCGACACGGACGAGAUCAGUUUUCUGAAAGGGGACAUGUUCAUUGUUCACAACGAGCUGGAAGAUGGCUGGAUGUGGGUGACCAACGUUCGGACGGAGGAGCAGGGUCUGAUUGUGGAGGACCUGGUGGAGGAGGUGGGAAGAGAAGAGGAUCCACACGAGGGGAAAGUGUGGUAUCAUGGGAAGAUCAACAAGCAGGAAGCGUACAACCUGCUGAUGACAGUUGGGCAGGUCAGCAGUUUUCUGGUCAGGCCGUCAGACAGCACGCCCGGAGACUACUCCCUCUUCUUCCGCACCAGCGAGAACAUCCAGCGCUUUAAGAUAUGCCCCACUCCCAACAACCAGUUCAUGAUGGGAGGGAGGUACUAUAACAGUAUUGAUGAUAUCAUCGACCAUUACAAAAAGGAACAAAUUGUAGAGGGGUAUAACUUGAAAGAUGCAGUAUCAAUCCAGCACCAGGAACAAGUACUGUCCGACGUGGUGGAUGGGAGAGAAAUCUAUAACACUAUCCGACGGAAAACGAAAGACGCGUUCUACAAAAACAUCGUCAAAAAAGGCUACCUCCUAUUUAACAAAGGUAAAGGAAAGCGGUGGAAAAGCCUGUACUUCAUCCUGGAGGGGAACGACGCCCAGCUCAUCUACUUCGAGAGCGAGAAGCGCGCCACCAAGCCCAAGGGUCUGAUCGACCUGAGCGUGUGCUCCGUGUACGGCGUCCAUGACAGCAUGUUUGGCAGGCCAAACUGUUUCCAGAUUGUAGUUCAGCACUUUAGCGAGGAGCAGUACAUCUUCUACUUCGCUGGAGAGACUCCAGAGCAGGCUCAGGACUGGAUGAAGUGCCUGCAGACCUUCUGCAGUAACCUGAGGAAGCCCACUCAGCCGUCCUCAAACAAACGCCUUCGUCAGGUCAGCAGCUUAGUCCUGAAUGUGGAGGAGGCCCACAAGCUCCCAGGAAAACAUUUCACCCACCCCUACUGCAACAUCUACCUGAACAGCGUGCAGGUGGCCAAGACCCACCCCAGAGAAGGCCAGAACCCCGUGUGGACUGAGGAGUUUAUCUUUGACGACCUGUCCAGUGAAAUAAACCGGUUUGAAAUCAGCCUGAGCAACAAGACCAAGAAGAGCAAAGAGAGCGAUAUCUUGUUCAUGAGGUGCCAGCUGAACCGGCUGCAGAGGGGACAGAUGAUAGACGAGUGGUUCCCCCUCAGCUCCCACGUCCCCCUGAAGGGCAUCGAGCCCGGCUCGCUGCGGGUACGGGCGCGCUACUCCAUGGAGAAGAUCAUGCCCGAGGAGGAGUACAGCGAGUUCAAGGAGCUUGUCCUGCUGAGGGAGUUCCACGUGAUCUACGCUCUGGCCCACGUGUGCGGACAGGACCGCACCCUGCUGGCCAGCAUCCUGCUCCGAAUCUUCCGGCACGAGACGGUGGAAGCGCCCCUGCUGAGGACUCUGAACGACCGGGAGAUCAGCAUGGAGGACGAGGCCACCACGCUGUUCCGCGCCACCACCCUGGCCAGCACGCUGAUGGAGCAGUACAUGAAGGCCACGGCCACGCCCUUCGUCCACCACGCCCUCAAAGACUCCAUCCUCAAGAUCAUGGAGUGCAAGCAGUCGUGCGAGCUGAAUCCUUCCAAACUGGAGAAGAAUGAAGACGUGAGCUUGAAUCUGGCACAUCUCCUCAACAUCCUGUCAGAGCUGGUGGAAAAGAUAUUCAUGGCUGCAGAGAUUCUUCCGCCGACAUUGAGGUUCAUUUAUGGAUGUUUACAGAAGUCCGUGCAGCAGAAGUGGCCCAGAAACACCACUAUGAGGACUAGAGUUGUGAGUGGCUUUGUCUUCCUGCGUCUGAUCUGCCCUGCGAUCCUCAACCCACGAAUGUUCAACAUAAUCGCUGAUCCCCCAUCCUCUACAGCUGCACGGACGCUCACACUCGUUGCCAAGUCUGUCCAGAACCUGGCAAACCUGGUGGAGUUCGGUGCCAAGGAGCCCUACAUGGAAGGGGUUAAUCCUUUCAUCAAGAACAACAAGCACCGAAUGAUCAUGUUUUUAGAUGAACUGGGGAACGUCCCGGAUCUUCCAGACACUACAGAGCACUUUAGAACUGAUCUGUCCCGUGACCUCGCCGCCCUGCACGAGAUCUGUGUCAGCCACUCAGACGAGCUCCGCACCCUGAGCAACGACCGGGGAGCGCAGCAGCACGUCCUGAAAAAGCUCUUGGCCAUCACAGAACUCCUCCAGCAGAAACAGGUUCACUAUGCCAUGUCCAACAGCAACAGGUAGUUAGCCUUUCCACGGAGUCUCUCACGGGAUCCAGCAUGUUCCGCCAUCCAUCACCACGGCAACCCGAGUCAGCCCCCUCCCUCCAUCCAUCCCCCUCCAUCCCCCUCCAUCUCCCAGCGCCUGUCUGUCAUGUCCUCUGUGCCGUGCGUGCCACCAAUCCUUCUGCGGCGCCCGCGCAGAAGCCCCGCCUCCCAGGGGGGGUGAGAUCGGGCUGCUGAUGGGGGCUCAGUCCCGGGUGAGCGGCCCUUCCGUUCCUCAUCUCCCCCGCUCCCGAGAAGACCGGGUGCCAAAGUAUCCGUCUGUCUGCGCCACACAUGGAUAGUCCCCCAAUAAGAAGAGGCGACACUGACCACUCUUAUAACUGGAUAACGGGGUGCCAUGCUUUUUUUUACUGUAAUCUGUGACUGAUUUGUUUUAUGGUUAUGACAAUAUACACAAAAGUGCUGAAAAACCCAUCUUUCCUGUCUAAUUGUAUGUAGUAUUUUGUUCCGACUUUGCAGUAUGUAGGAAAGAUUUGUUGCAGAAAGGAGGAAAAGAAAGGUUAUUUUAUACCAGAAUAUCAAUUCUCCUGGCUGGAAUCAUGAGCAUAAAAUUGAGACAUUAAGGUUUGUUUUUUUUUUUCCCUUUUUUUAAUUCUACCAUUAAUUCUGUUUUUGAUUGUUUGCCGUUUGGUUCAGUCUUCCUUGAAACUUCUCAGUACCAGACAAGACACAUAAUCAAUGGAGAAAAAAAAAAAAAAAAGAAACGAAAUAAAGAAGCUAAGUCCAGUGUUUUCAGCCAUAAAAGUUUUUGAAUAAAACAAAUUGUAUCAGGAAUGCAUGCACUUAUUAAAUCCUUUUUGUAAAGUACA